UAAGUAGUAACUUGGAACGCUGUCAUCAGAAGUCAAAACCGAGUGGGUGCUCCCAAGAAACCAAAACAGGCAGGCGGUCUCUCUGUUUCCCUCUCCCCAUCUCUCCUUCGCCGUUCAGACUUCUCACGACCUUCCCCAUCCCUUCUCACUCCUCUCUUACCCCACCUCAUCUAUACUUCCUUGCUCUUGAUUUCUCGCUCAGCUGCGUUCCAAUCUCUACCCAACAAUUCCACGUCACAGCCGUCCUCCAUACCCCAGGAACAGACAAACUGAUAUAUUCUUCUUACCGACUGAAGCAAUCGUUUGUGCUGUCAAACUGACUCGUGGUCGUCUUCACAUUCAAUUAUGCUUCUUGAGUUGUGAUUGGAGCAAUUUUGAGUCUGACAAACGGAAUUUUCGGUAUUUGUGAUAGUGUGGCAAUCCUCUUAAGCUGACCAGGGCGUUUCUCUUCCUUUCCCCUAUCUACCAUUCCGUUAGAUCUUUCGGCGAACUACAAAACGAACCAAAGGGACGUAAUCCAGGCGGGUUGCAACCUUCAAUUAAUCUGUUUCGGGGAUGAAGAACUGCAAUUCCAACCAUCCUUGAAGGCUAGAAAAAUAUUCAAACUCCGGCAGUAAUGCAGCUGCCGUGAGGCCGAUACACCAGUGUGUGCAAGGUACUUCUUUUUGAGAAGCAGAGAACUGUUGAGCUUAGCUGGAGGCAAGGUGAGGAAGGAGUGGAAUAGCGCUCAUUCAGGAGUAUUCGUCAGUAUAGAAGCAAAGAGCACCGAGAAUGAAUCUGAAGAAGAGUUCCGCCUGGCAAAAAUUGAUGAAUUACCCGGGAUCGUCAGCAUCAACAAAAUGGUCGCUACCUAGAGGUCGAAGUCUGCAGAGGAUGGCGCAUAAUUUACGGGUGACCAUCUUGUGUGGGUUUGUCACGGUAUUAGUAUUGCGGGGGACGAUCGGCACGUCGUUUGGAUCACAGCGCAAGGGCACUGUAGAGCACAGUGCUCAACCUAAGAUCUUCAGUGAUGAGAAAAGCUCGCGGGAGCCCCGACGCGUCCUCAGCGCGACUACCGAGCCCGAGACGGAUAUAGAGCCAGUCCUGGACUCAAGUUUGCCGUAUAAGUUGGGGCCGCACAUCAGCAACUGGGACGAGCAACGCGCGAUGUGGUUGCAGAAGCACCCGAGAAUGGCAAAGACAAGUCGCGGCAGGGACCGAAUCCUGUUGGUUACGGGGUCUCAACCUAAGCCUUGCGACAAUCCUGCCGGAGACCAUCUGCUUCUCAAGAGCCUGAAGAAUAAGAUGGAUUAUUGCAGAUUACAUGACAUUGAAAUCUUCUACAACAUGGCGCACUUGGACCAAGAGAUGGCAGGGUUUUGGGCCAAGCUGCCGCUGCUGCGCAAACUCAUGUUACAGCAUCCAGAGGUAGAGUGGAUUUGGUGGAUGGACUCGGACGCUAUGUUCACGGACAUGCUCUUUGAGCUCCCCAUCGACAAAUACAAAGAUCACAACAUGGUACUGCAUGGCUUCGAUGAGAUGGUCUACAAGAUGAAGAGCUGGGUGGGACUCAACACUGGAAGCUUUCUUUUGCGUAACUGUCAGUGGUCCCUGGAUCUGCUGGACGCCUGGGCGCCCAUGGGUCCCAAGGGUGUCGUGCGUGUAGAAGCUGGCAAGCAGCUCACGGCCACGCUUACAGGGCGCCCGGAGUUCGAGGCUGAUGAUCAGAGCGCACUUAUCUUCCUGCUGGUUACACAGGCCAGACUGUGGGCAUCCAAAGUGUUUUUAGAGAAUCAGUAUUACCUACAUGGCUACUGGGUAAUACUGGUGGAGCGCUACGAGGAGAUGAUGCAGAAGAACAAACCUGGCACUGGCGAUGAUCGAUGGCCGUUUGUCACGCAUUUCGUAGGAUGCAAGCCGUGCGGUAGUUACGGCGACUACUCUGUGGAGCGAUGCCUGAAACAAAUGGAACGCGCUUUCAAUUUCGGUGACAACCAGAUUCUGGAGCACUACGGUUUUCAGCACCGCACCUUAGAGACAUACAAAGUGCGACGCAUCCGCAAUGACACCUCCAACCCUCUUGGUCUCCGUCAGCUCCCUGCCAUCAUCACCAAAUCCGACAGAAUCGCCACUCACUUGACAGCAAGUGACACUUAGACGAACAGUUCACAAGAAGAUGAUGUUGCGCCAGUCCAACAUGACACCUGGUCUCGGCAUUUCGAAUCAGAUCAUAAUUGAGGCUUUUCUUUCACAUUUCCUCCAUCGUUCUAGACGUUCAGCUGUUGUCACCCUACUCGGCUCCUGCCACAAUAAUCAGUAGUCGGUUAGAGCGAGUACGUCAUGCUUGUGGAUUCUGGACUGGUACGUAGACCAAGUGAUGACGUUCUAGGAAGCGCAGACAUUUUCGUCACGAAACAAAAGUCACAAUGACGGCUACUUUACCAUCUAGUAGGUUAGUUAAAUCUUCGAAAAAUUCACUUAUUUGUGAUUUUUAGGUCUAUUCGACAAACUCACAUGAAACACGCAUCAAAAAAUGAUUCAUAGAAAUCUGGGUAGUACUUUCAACACAGAAGUAUGAAACCUACUUACUCAGACAUGCCCUUCUGUUGCGCAAACUUAAACCCAGGUUUUAAUGAAAUUUCGUCAAUAACCCUGGGCCAAACUCCCACAGCAUGUUGAAGAUAUUACGAACAUAUCGAAAUAAGCGACAGUUCGUUUUCAAAAUACUAUUUUGACCAACUCAGCAGUUGAAUGUA